UUUCAGCCGGUCUGAGGAACCUAUUGUACAACACACAUUUUUCAUUAUUCUUGUCUCCACAAACAAAUAAAACAAGCAAACAAGCAAUGGCCAUCAUUCGAGCCAUCGAUUCCGGCAUCAACUCGCCAAUGCGAAUCAAAACCAGCGUAAAGGCUGUAUUUGGCUUUCUUCUCGCGCUCUACACUGCAACGGGAAUCGCAGCCCUGGCUGUCAGCGGAUACUUUCUCAGUAAUAAAAACAACUCGCGGCGAACAAUCAUCAUCACCGACAAUGUGCUACAUUCGGUUAUGGCGGCAGGCAUCUACGUGGGAGUUAAUGUGGUGGUUGGAAUCAUCGGGUCAUUGUCGCCGCUGACCCGCAAGCGAUGGCUCUCCGCCUACGUUUGGCUCGCUGCCAUUGCCAUUCUGGUCGAGACUGGCAUGGGAAUAUGGCUGUGGUCGCGCACCCUCAACAUCGACGAUCUCCACGGCUACAACUGGCGCAAUCUGUGGAGCGACGACAUCAAGCUUAUCUUUCAAAACGAGGGCAAAUGCUGUGGAUAUUUAAGCCCGUUAGACAGCCCUGUUCUGAACUCGGCCACUUGCGAGAACAUACAGGACGCAUAUGGAUGCAUGACAGCCGUGGAUAACUACGCCCACAACUAUCUGACAUAUGUUUACACCUGCAUGUUUUGCUUUGUUUUUGUCGACGUCAGUGCCAUGCUGUCUGGAAUGGUCCUGCUGGUUAUUCGAAACGAUGAGGAACGCUGGAGGUGGUCACGCACCAAUGCCAUUUUCAAGUCCAUGAAAAAGCUAAAUACGGACUCAACCGUUAACGACGACAUGCAAGCCAUACAAGUUAGAUACUCUUAAGCAUUUGGUGGCAGAUUAAGGAUGGCGAAAAAAGUGCCAUCAGGCAGACGGAAGUGAAAUAAUCGUGACAUGACCAUGGUAAGCUUUCGCAUCACCCUCAAUGCCCUGCUUACAGCCGAGUGGCCUCUCCAUUUUUCAUGCAAAA